UACGACAUUUUGAUACGAGUUUAUUUAAACAAUCUCACAUUCAGUGGUGACUCAAAAAUUUCCUUGACAGUAACCGCUCCGACUGAUAUAAUAAUCUUCCACGUCAACAACAUCAACAUCUUAAAAGUCAAAGUAUUAACGUCGACAGCAAAACAUUUAUCCAUCUCUCGACAUUAUUCCUACGUCAAACGACAGUUUUAUGUUGUACAUCUUGCGAGAAAAAUGUCCCAAGGUAUUUAUGAACUUCCACUCGAAUUUCAAGGAAACAUCGAGACAAAAGAGUUGAAUGGACUGUACAAGAGUACGUACAAAAGUAGUCAAGGAAAAACUAGAGUUUUGGCUGUCACAGAUUUUCAACCAACAGACGCACGCAAAGCUUUUCCUUGUUUUGAUGAGCCCGCAAUGAAAGCGACGUUUACCAUCAGUAUUGAACACCGUAGUGAUUAUACAGCACUUUCCAAUAUGAAUGAGAUUUCCUCACAAAGUCUCUCGAAUGGACGUAUUGUCACAUAUUUCAAUAAAUCUGUACCAAUGCCGACAUAUCUUGUUGGAAUGAUUGUCUCUGACUUUAAAAGUUUGAAUGGUACAACUAAAAACAAUGUUACCAUUAAAACUUGGGGUACUCCUGUGGAAUAUAAAGAUUCUGCUUAUGCUUUAAAGAUUGCCCUGAAUGUUACAACAUUUCUUGAAAAUUAUUAUGGUGUCAAUUAUCCUUUACCGAAGCAAGAUAUGGUUGCUGUUCCAGAUUUUAACUCAGGUGCUAUGGAAAAUUGGGGUCUUAUAACCUAUCGAGAAAGUGCAUUCUUUUAUAAAGAAGGAGUUUCCUCAGAAACAAACAAGCAAAGAAUUGCCUCUGUUGUUGCUCACGAACUUGCCCACAUGUGGUUUGGAAAUUUAGUAUCAUGUCGUUGGUGGAAUGACAUUUGGUUAAAUGAAGGAUUUGCCAGUUACGUUCAAUAUUUGGCCGCCCAUGAAGCUGAGCCAGACUGGGAACUAUUGGAACAAUUUCUUCUCCGUAACGUUCAUCGUGCAUUUCGAUUUGAUGCUUUGGCCAAUUCUCAUCCAAUCACAGUGAAUGUAGAAGAUCCAGAAGAUAUUAAAACUAUAUUUGAUAUAGUCACCUAUAGUAAGGGCUGCACAGUCAUACGAAUGUUGUCCGAUUUUCUGUCAGAGGAAACGUUCAGGGAAGGCUUAAAGAUAUAUUUGAAGAAAUAUAAAUUUGGUAGCGCUACAACUCAAGAUUUGUGGGAUGCUCUCAGCCUCAAUAUAUUUUCUUUUUAUUUUUAUAUAUCAUCUCUAGACGUCUGGGAAAAUGUAACAGAGUUGAUGGAAACAUGGAUUGAACAAAUGGGUUUUCCGGUCGUAUCUUUAAGAAGGGACAUAUCUGGAAAGGGUUUUGCUGAUCAGAGACAUUUUCUUAAUGAUCCUAAGGCACAUGUGACCGAACCUUCACGAUUUAAUUAUAAAUGGAUGAUAAAGCUUACUUAUGUCACCGAAAAUGAUUUAAAUAACACUAAAUUUGUGUGGAUGAAGAAAUCGACUGCUGAAUUUGAUUGGCCAGAUGAUGAAUGGAUUAAAGCAAAUGUUGGGCAAUAUGGCUUUUAUAGAGUAAAUUAUGAUUCAAAAAAUUGGGCAAAGCUUACUCAAGUUUUAAAAAAUAACCCAGAGAAACUAUCUUCAGCUGACAGAACAAGUUUAGUUGAUGAUGUGUUAAAUCUGGCAAGAGCAGGUCAACUGGGCUACGAUAUCGCGUUAAAUCUUUCGUCAUAUAUAAAGAACGAAGAUAACUAUGUUCCUUGGAAGGCCUUUGAAACAAAUAUCGACUUUAUCGAUACAAUGAUGAGCACACAAGAUUCCUAUGGCAGGUUUCAGAAAUACAUGCUGGACAUUUUGAGUCAUAAAAAAAUCAAAGAAGUUGGAUGGGAAAAUGUUAAUAAAACCGACAGACAUCUUGAAAUAUACAUGAGAAGUUUGAUAUUAAGCUCAGCAUGCUCAUAUGGACACCAAGAAUCUAUUGAAAAUGCUAAAAAGCUGUUUCUGCUUUUUUUGCAUAAGAAUAUAUCGUUGGACGUGAAUUUGAAAAGUCUCAUAUACUUCUACGGCAUCGCCAGUACUAGUUCUCAAGAAUGGGAUAAAUUAUUUGAGAAAUAUUUAACGUCGACUGCAGCAUCGGAGAAGAAUAAGCUACUUUAUGGUUUAUCUGGAUCAAGAGAACCUUGGGUAUUACGAAGGUUUUUGCGAUACUCUAUUGACAGUUCGAAGAUUCGUGACCAGGAUACUGUGACCGUCGUUAGAUAUGUCGCACAAAAUGCCCUGGGUCGAGAACUGGCUUGGAAAUUUCUGAAAGAAAACUGGAAUAUAUUUUACUCGAGGUACAGUAAAAGCAGUUUUAGAAUGGCUACUGCAAUCACUUCAACAACGUCCAUGAUGAAUUCUCAAGUUGAGUUGGGCGAUGUUAAAGAAUUCUUUAAAGGGAAAGAUGCAGGUUCUGGAGCUAGAGCUGUAAAACAAACCAUUGAACGUAUUCAAAGUAAUAUUGACUGGACAGAACGGAGCGCUGGUUUUAUCGGAGAUUAUUUAAAUGAACUCGAUUAGCCAGGAAGGAUGAGCAAGUAUUUAUUAAUUUCUUGAACGUCUUUUCAAUGAUAUCUUGUUUCAUGCAAAAUCAAAAUAAUUUUGUCUUCACGACGUCACUUCUUGACGUUGAUUGAUUAUUCAGUAGGAUUUUGAUAACGACACAUUUAUCAUUUAAGAUAGCCAAAAAAAGUUUAUGUUUCGUAUCCUGCUGCAGUCUUUAUAAGUUGAUUCAUUUUGUUAUCGUAUGUUUAUUAAAACUAUCAAUCACAGUGGG